AUGUCGUCGAACACACGAAACCCAGCAAGCAGAACGGCCGCCGAGCGAUGGAGGGACUUCACGGACGGCGCCUCCAGGACAGCAGAAGCAGACGGGCGAACACCACAAGACAACAUCCUCGACGCACUACGGUCGGCAGCUCCGCGGCAACGAGCCGCAGGCCUCGGCCUCAGCGGGUUCGGCAAGGGCCUCACACGCGAGCUGACGGAGCAGGCCCAGCGGAACGCCGUCGAAGCAGAGCAGUCCAAGGUCGACACCUCAGAACCCUACCACCUCAACGUCUACGCACACCGGCACAACAUGCACCUGACAUUCACCGAGCCCAGCCGCGACCCCAUCCUAUCGAUGUCCGCGGGCGACAUCGGGCUGCGGAAAGCCCAGCGCAGCACCUACGACGCCGCGUACCAGCUCGCCUCAUAUUUCUUCCGCAAGAUGGCCGAGAAGCAGUGGCGCACGGGAGGCAAGAAGAUGACGACUAAUCCCACGAAGACAAUCGCCAGCUUGGUUCGGCCGGGCCCCAUGACCGGCGGCCCCGGCAUCGAGGUUAUUCUGAGGGGUUAUGGGCCUGGACGAGAGGCGUUUCAAAAAGCGCUACUGGGCACCGAGGGGAGGCAGAUCAAGCCGUUGAUUUCGAGGGUUACUGAUGCCACCAGGUUGAAAUUCGGGGGCACCAGGAGUCACAAGGUCAGGAGGCUGGGUUGA